AUGGAUAAACCACAAUUUGAUGAGCUUCUUGGUGGAUCAGUAUCUCUGCCACGAGAUGUUGAAAUAAAUAAAUUAGCAGCUGCUCGUGCAAAUGAAAUAGCUGCUAUGACACGGGUGAUGUCUCACAAUGCUAAGCGUAUGCCUAGGAGACUCAGAGAAGCACAUAAGACACAAAUGGAGAAAUCUGGGAAACCUGGAGUGCCCAAAAGACCUUCUAGGAAAUACCGACGACGACCUCAUAAUUUGUUGUCCGAGUACAAGAGGAGACAGAGAAAGAAUUUGUGGCUGGAGACGCAUAUUUGGCAUGCCAAGAGGUUUCACAUGACGGAAAAAUGGGGGUUCAAAAUAGCGCAUUUCUCUAAUGAUAAAGCCAGUCGCUCGAGUUAUCGUACGGUAAAAGGACACUGUACUAUUCAGGAUGUUUCUUAUUAUAAUUGCCUUGAGUUAAAAGGACCGGAGGAUGUAUUAGUUACGGCUUUGAAGGUUCAUUGUAAAUACGAAAAGUCUUUUGGAGCUAAUGCUUAUAAGAAAGGAGAUAGAGAAGGGUCUUUGACUUUUUAUAGGUCUAAUGGAUGUCCUGUGGGAGUAAUUAAUUUCAUGUGGCGACCAGAUUGUUUGGGUGAUAAAACAAUGUGGAUGUGGGUUCACCCUUCUCUGAUUAAAGAUGUCCUGGAUGAGCUGGUUUCAAGCUUUAAUUUGACAGAAGUAUCUCCUACAGCAGAAUCAAGUUUAUCGACUAAAUUAUUUGUAAAUGCAACUGGUUGCAGUUUAGAAUUUCUGACGCUUAAUAGAUUUCGAUUAAGGGGACCAAUGGCACCGACUGUGAUAACUGAUGCAUUGCGCUGUCCAUUAAAAUUUAAUCAAGUACCGAGUAGCCUAGAAAAUAUGGAAGUAGAUAUUGCCCAGCCGUGGCACAAUUUGUGGUAUCAAGAAUUGAGUCAUCAAAAAUCAUUUGACAAGCAGAAAGAUAGCUUUGAUAAGUUAAAAAAAUUAAAUUCACCAAAUCAAUUUCCGCGACAUGGUAUUCUAGGGGUGACCGUGUUGGAUCCAAGAUUCUUUUUUCCUCCCAAACGAACAAAAGUAGAAUUUAAAUCAUCCACUCAAAGUUAUGAGAUUAUUGAUGUCGAUCCUUCUUCAGCAGCCAGUCCACUGUGGGAGUCAUCGGUCCGAGGGGAUGUUAAAAAUAACUUUAAGUCGACUGAACAGAUUAAUAAGCUUAGAAGUGGUAAUUUAGUUCCGGGAGUUGAAAAUGAUGAAGGAUUUAAUCAAGAUAUAAUUACCAAAGUUCCUAUUAUUUUAGUACAACAUCCUGGUACGGAAGCUGAUAAUAAAAGUAUUGGAUUUCACUCAGGUAUUGAUAUUAUUCUACCUGCUGGAUGGGCGCUUCCGUUUUGGUUGAGCUUUAUUUACAGAUGCGCUCGACCUAUUGGCCUCCGUGAACACCGAUCAGCUAUUUUCGAAAGCAUGAUGCUUAAUCAACCCGAUAUACAUCAUCCUGACACCCCUGAAUAUAAUCGAGAAGCUGAAGAAACACGGAUAAAAUUGAAAAAUAAAUAUUUCCGCUUCCCACCAAACAGGAGAGUUAAUUUUACAAAGCUUUCAAUAUCAAGUCCAUUUAAUUGCGAAUGGAGAAUGCUGAUAAAAGAGUGGACUGAUACAGACAAUGUUCAAGUAUUACGUGAUCCUAAAAUAAUAGAUGCAUUGUCUCAGGCAUUUAAUAGUUUCGUCAGAAAAAAACAUAAACCUCUAUCUUUAAAUCUUCAUGAAUCUACUGUUCUUGAUGAAUCAUACCUAGUAACUGUGAAAGUAACUGUUGAAACCAAGGGAAAGCCUAAUAAUUUUUCUAUUAUUUGUCUGCCCACCGAAGAAGAUUUAAAAAAAUUUAAUGAGGAUAGAAAAUGGGGUGGGCCUAUUGAGAUAAAAAGAAUUGACAAGUUUGAGGCGAAAAGAAAAGCAUUGAGGAUAAAACAUAAACUGUUAUUGAAAAGUGAAAGAAGAAAACGAAUUCUAGCCAGAAAAACAGGACAGCCUCCUGUUCUGAAGGCCUUUUUAGAAGCCAAAAAAAUAGAGCAGAGAAAAAUCAUGGAUGAACUUUAUUUACAACAAUGUACUGCUGUUAGAAAAUCAUGUGAUAGAGAAGUAAUCGGUUACGUAGCUCAAGGAGGAUUUUCCUUUUCCGAAUGCAGCUGCUUUGGGUGGGGAUAUGUUGUAGCUCUGCCUUUAUUAGAAUUAUUAAAAAUGAAAAAUAAUAUGGUUCUUGUUAGAAACAUACAAACAAGACAAUAUCGAUUUGCUAGAUUAGAUAUUGUUAAUUUGUAUUCGUAA